CUGAAGCCCGGCUCAUACUUCCUGCGAAUGCGAAUGCGAUUGAUGUGAAUUUGACGUCACAACUUUUUUCGCUGUGAUAUUCGCAAGAGAUUUGAGGCGGCCCCCCCCCCCCUGCGAAUUAUUCUUUUCGAAUUUGUAACGUCGACAUUCGCUUCGCAUUCGCUUUCGCAAAAAGUAUGAACCAGGCUUACAGGUUGUCAACGUCAAUUUAACUUUCCUUUAAUGUACGGUGCGCAUGUACACAAAGGCGUCUGUAAACACUACCAUAUUUCCAGACUCUCAUAAAGGAAGCUGACGAACCAUGACCUACAUGGAUUUGUUGUUGUUUCCUUCUGUAAUUUUCUUUUAAGGAAACCUAAACCUCAGCAGAGUCAAUAUACAUUGAUGCCAGUACUGUUCGUUCACACUGUACGACACUACACACAACAAGUUUGGACCAUGGGGGUAUUGGAAUAACUUGAUUGAAUCGUGAUCAUGCAGUGAUGGGCUUUCGACGUCUGGCAUCACAAACCAAUUACUUGAAGAUAUUAGUGUUUGGACAAUAAUAUUAGUAUGUUCAUUUGUUAAUUAUCAAGUGAAGUAUAUCAGCAUGGCUUCGACUGUAGAUACCCUCAGUAUGUUUUCUGCCAACGCCACGAAUGACAACGCGACAACACUCGAGUUUACUACUGAAGGGGUAUCUUCAAAUGACGAUAUGACAUCGCUCAACGAUACCAUGGAUGUGAUGGGGUUCGUUUUUGACGACAUGGUCCAGAGAUAUAUCAUCGGUGUGGUCUUCUGCCUGGUGUCUCUGUUUGGUUUCACCGGGAACACCAUUGUGAUUCUUGCCGUGGUGCUGUCCAACAAGCUACAGACGAGGACCAACGUCUUCGUUGUCAACCUCGCCACUGCCGACCUCCUGACUUGUCUCGCCUCCCCCUUCAACGCCGUGGCUCUCUUCAGCUUAAACGGCUGGCCUUUACCGGAGAUCAUCUGCUCUUUAUCAGGGGCUCUGUUCAUCGUGAGCCUCUCUUGCAGCAUCACGAGCCUGGCAUGUAUCUCAAUCAAUCGUCUUAUCCUCAUCACAAAGACAUUGAGUACCUAUCAAUCCAUCUACACAUCGAAGAAAAUAGCGGCAAUGAUUGUGUUCACCUGGCUGUACCCGCUACUGAUAUGCUGCUUGCCACUCUUCGGCAUCGGUAGGUGGGGCUACUCCUUCAAGUUCAAAAUCUGCACCCAAGACAGUAAUGUGGAAACCAGUAGAACCUUCUCUCUAAUUGGGGCGCUGCUGGUCUACCCAAUACCUCUUCUCAUCCUUUUUGUGUGUUACUUCAAGAUCUACCGCCACGUCGACGCUCAUAUAAGGACGCUGACGCAGAAGCGGGCGUCGGAAGUCGAGAUGCAUGACGAACCGUCGACGUCGUCCAGCCGUGCCACACCGACGUCGUCAAGCCGUGCCACGCCGAGUAGUCCCAAAAGUCCGAAGCCAACGCUAAAGAGGAGCGCAACGCAGGCAAGCUUGAGCCGGAGGCAGACGGCGAUUACGAAGAAUCUUUUCUUCGUGAUGUGUGCGUUUAUCGCGUGUCUCGCUCCGUACGCCGUGUCACUCGUCAUCAGGAACAGCGAUCCUGUUGUUCCGUGGACCUUCAUGAUUGUCAUCUUCAACAGUGCCAUCAACCCGGUCAUAUACGGCAUCAAGCACCCGCACUUCAAGAAGGUGUUCCUGCACAUGUUCCGGUGCCAGUACCACCAGAUUCCGGAGCCUUCUAACUUUUUGAAAAGACUGUCAAAACGCUAGCAGCGGCAUGAGAUACUUCUGUUCCAAACGCUUUGAACUGUGUGUGGAUUUCUUUUGAUUGCAACCAAUUUUGAACGCCAUUCUUCAACCCAUGUUUAUAACUUA